AUGGAUCACUCAUUCCCAUAUCACCAGCCUCUGGCUCAGAUGCCAACUGACCAGCGAGAGCACGAGCACGAUCGUGUCUUGGUACAAACGGGACUUUCGGGUGCCGAUGCUCUUUUCCAGGCGACGAAUACGAAUGACAGUGACCCCCAGACUUACCACCCCGGCCCUUCAGUCGAAUAUCGGUCGACAUUCAGAUCCAACCUGAUGCCGCAAUCGCUAAUGUCCCUUCAUCAUACUGGGUUUAGCCACCCGUGGGGCACCACGCUGGAGCCAUACGAUUUCGGUAUUUCUUCUCCCAUUCGGGCCCAGAUGCCUGACGACGGUUAUCUCGCAUCACUUUACUGUGCCCCUCAUGUCGCCAACUUGCCUUCUAUGUUCGACUCAUCCACCACUAACAUGCACCAUUCAAACUCUCACGCGCCUCGACGCAGUGACCGCAAUGAUUUAACCAAGCAGCAAACCACACCAGUCACUGCUUUCUCAAGUCAGGAACACUUGAUCCAUUCUCCCCAGCACCCCAGCACUCCUCAAAGUUCUGAACGUGCGAUGCGUGCGACAUCUCCAUCAAGACCCAUUUCUAUCUCGUCGGAUCACUCCCUGGCCCAGUCUAGUGAGUCACGUCGCAUUCAUGACAGUAUGAGUCCAGCAUUGGCUGUAGCUGGAGUGGAUAGUCCCUCACCACGCAUCAGUCUCGCAGACUCUAGUGAUCAAGAGCAGUCUGGAGAACCCCCAUACUCCCGCCUUAUUUGGGGGGCCCUCAUGUCCGCUGAUGACAAGAUGCUCCCCCUUCAAGGCAUUUAUCAAUGGUUUGAGAAGAACACGACCAAGGGAAAGAAUGAUGAAUCAAAGGGCUGGCAAAACAGCAUUCGUCAUAAUCUUUCAAUGAAUGCAGGAUUUGAACCUAUCAAGAUCGAGACCCCUGGCAAAAAGACCGUAAACUACUGGCGCUUGACCGCAGAAGCUAUUCGAAAUGGCGGGGUUCAAUCCACAACCCGCUAUCGCAAGUUAACCGCUAAGAAGGCCAUGAGCUCAGAUUCCCCCGACCCUCGCCGUCAGCGACCAGGGUCCAAAGGGGGGAAAAUGAGUGCCGGGGUCAAGCGUCAUGCUACUGAAGACGAGGAGGAGGAUGGGGACCCAUCAUACCCCUUCCAUUAUCGAAAUGUUCGACAAAACCGGUCCCCUUCAGUCUAUUCCCAGUCUUAUUCUCAUUCUCAGCCUCAGCCUCAACCGCACAUUCAACUACAGCCUCCAGCGUCAGCUGAUGCCGAUAUUCACCAUUCCCAACACUACAACCACACAUACCUGACUACACCCUCCGUUGGAGUGCCGCAAUAUGCGACACUACACUCGCUUUAUGCUCUGCCUCAGACAGCCCGUGAAAGCUGGCAACAGUUCGACCUUCGCAACGUGAUCGGCACUGCUGAUCAGCCGCCAACGCAUAACAUGCUGUUCUGCGAUACAGCGGAAGGAGCCCCCGACUGUGCAGCAUUCGUGGAGCCCUGGCUUGGUUUGCCUCAGGCCUAUGGUCCAAUCAUCAUGGACUGA